AUGAAUGCAGGAACAAAUGCAAGCUAUGAAGACUAUUUUGUUCUACUGGGUUUUUCUAAUUGGCCUCAUCUGGAAGUGGCUCUCUUUGUGGUUAUCUUGAUGUUCUACUUGAUUACACUGACAGGAAACCUGUUCAUUAUUAUCUUGUCAUACCUGGACUCUCAUCUCCACACUCCCAUGUACUUCUUCCUCUCAAACCUCUCCUUUUUGGAUCUCUGCUAUACCACCAGUUCCAUCCCUCAAUUGCUAUUUAACCUCUGGGGCCCAGAGAAGACCAUCUCUUAUGCUGGCUGCAUGAUUCAACUUUACUUUGUUCUUGCUCUGGGAACCACAGAGUGUGUGUUACUGGUGGUGAUGUCCUAUGACCGUUAUGCUGCUGUAUGUAGACCCCUGCAUUACACUGUCCUUAUGCAUCCUCGUUUCUGCCAUCUAUUAGCUGUGGCCACUUGGGUAAGUGGCUUUACUGCUUCAGCACUUCAUUCUUCUUUUACCUUCUGGGUACCACUGUGUGGACAUCGUCAAGUGGAUCACUUCUUUUGUGAGGUUCCGGCACUGCUGAGACUGUCAUGUGUUGAUACCCGUGCUAAUGAGCUGACGCUCAUGGUCAUGAGCUCCAUUUUUGUUAUUAUACCACUCAUUCUCAUCCUCAGCUCCUAUGGUGCCAUUGCCCGGACUGUGUUGAGGAUGCAGUCAACAACCAAACUUCAGAAAGUCUUUGGGACAUGUGGAUCUCAUCUUAUGGUUGUAUCCCUUUUUUUCAUUCCAGUCAUGUGCAUAUAUCUCCAGCCACCAUCAGGAAAGUCUCAAGAUCAAGGCAAGUUUAUUGCCCUCUUUUAUACUGUUGUCACACCUAGCCUCAAUCCUCUCAUCUACACCCUCAGAAACAAAGAUGUAAGAGGGGCACUAAGGAGACUUAUGGGAAGGGAGAGGGAGAUGUGA